UUUAUCUUGUAUUCUCAUCUCAUUCUUUUUUUUCUCGGCUUUGCUGACUUGUGGGUUAAUAUUUAUAUUAUAUUAUGCUAUAUGUACAAAGUUAAAAAGUUCUUAUUUACACAUUAAUAUGUAUUUAUAAUAAGAAAAAAAUCAUUGCGUACAUAUCCUAAAUCAACAGUGAUAUAACCUCACUAUAAUGGAUGGAGAUGAAUUUUCUGAAUUCCUCAUUCCUAAAACGGGAGGAAAUGAUUCUACGUCUGGCGGAGAAGAUAUAAAUGAUGAAGAAGAAACAAACGUAACUAUCACAGGUGUUUGUAAUUUGAAGAGGGAGCCGCUGACGACAAAAAAGGCGGUAAAGUUUCUACUGGAAGGAACUUUGAAAUAUAAAGUUUGUCGAUACUGCAUGAAUGUAGAUUCUCCUCUAUAUGAAAUGGACCAAGUAUUCCAAAUUGCAAGUCAAGGUGCUCUUUACAAAGUUACCAUUCGGGAUAUGGUUGCUAGUUUUUAUCCAUUUCAGGUGCUGGCAGAUCCGAAUUUUCCUACAAAAAUAUGCAAUCAAUGUUUGGAGAACACAAUUCAAUCAUACCUUUUUACUCAACAGUGCGAGCGUAGUGGGAGAGCUCUACGCAACUGUUUUGAAGACAUGUAUGAAAAACUUGAUAAGCUUGAUCCCCUGGAGCGCACUAAAAAGCGAGGCAGACAAAAACUGAAUCCUAAUUAUAACAAGUUGCACUCUGAACAUGAAAACGUUAUUGAUUAUGCUGAUCCAGUCAUCAAUAUUGUUAACAUAGGGUCUGAGUUAACAGAAAAUAUUGAUAAUAAAAUUAAUGAACUAGAAUGUCCAAAAUGUUGGCUGAGGUUUGAAAGCUUAGAAUCUCGAUUAUAUCAUGAGAAGAUUCAUCCUAAAUCAAUGUGGUUUAAUUGCCGUAUAUGUGGAAAAUCUUUUGCCAAAAGACAUGUUUAUAGAAAACAUGUGAAAUCUGCUCAUGAACCGUCAAAAUCUAAAACUUUGAUUGAUACAGAUUAUAAGUGUUCGGAGUGCGAUGUUGGGAGUGAAACAUAUGAUCAACACUUGCAGCAUAUUGAAAAGCACAAGUUCCAUAUGGUAAUGGAACAUUUGAUUGAAAGUAAAAUGGAUGAAUUAUGUACUGUCUGCCUCUCAAAAGGGGUCAGUAUGGUCAAACUGGACAGAACCAUUAAUUUCCAUGGUGGAUGCCCAGAACUGACUGGUCAUAGAAGUCUGUACACUAUUCUCGGAUCUACAAUGCCUGAGAUGAAUAUCCUUAGUACAUACACAGGAUCAAAGAUUUGUAAAAAAUGCCUAGACAAUGCAAUUACAUCUUAUGUGUUCCUAAAUCAUGCUCAUUAUGUUCGAAAUAGGUUGAAAACAUGUGUCGAAUUAAUGCUUGAUAGUCUAGGUAAUGUUGGUGAACCAGAUGGAAAGAUAUUUGUUGAGAUAUCACAGAAUAUAAUAUUACCAGCAAAAGAACCAGACUUAAUAGAUGAAAGUCUACUUGUUGACCCAGAUGAGGUAGAUGAAUCUAAGCUAAAUGUGGAAGUUUUAGAAGAUGAAUUCAGAACUAAAGAUUCUGAAAGUGAAAGCGAUAUAGAAACGACAUCGCGAAAGGUGACAGAGAAAACUAACUCAGUUUUCCAUGACACUGCUGAGGAAAUAGAACAGUUGGCUAACAAUCCAGCCAGGCAUAUAACAAAAACAUAUGGAAAGGGAAUUAACGGUUUACAAUCUAGAUUAAAAUCGAAAUCAAGUUAUAAUUCUAUCAGUAAUGUCUGUAGAGAAUUUUUAACAUUCAAAAAGGAAAGAAAGCCUAAAAGAGUGGAUUGGUCUAAAAUAUCCUGCCCCAUGUGCAAUAAACGCUUUAUUUCAAUUUAUUUCUUGAAAAGUCACAUUGUUAGACAUGUUUUUAAGAAUGUAAAAUGCAAGAUAUGUCAAAAACAGUUCAAAUCAAAGUUUCACUUACAUGAGCACACAAAAAUGGUGCAUUUAUUAGGAAAUAUCAAUCACAGCUCGUGUGAAACUUGUGGGAGGACAUUUGUUAGUGCAAAAAAUUUGAUAAAGCAUGUGAAAACUCAUAACACAAAAGAGUGUUUAUUAUGUGACAAAUUUUUUGCAAAACAAAAGCAAUUCGACAAUCACUGGCAAAGGCACACUGCAAAAUUAAGGCUUCUUCAAGAAAAGAAAAUUCAAACAUGUAGUUUCUGCGAGAAACCUUGCGCAAACAAUAACAACCUUACAGUCCACGUGAAUAAGGUCCACUUGCAAAUAAAACCUUACAGUUGUGACAUGUGCGAGAGUCAAUUUUAUACUGAUACGAAUUUGAACCAUCAUAAGAAAGUACACAGCAUGUUUUCGAGGGAAAAAUGUAAUUUUUGCAAUAAAAGCUUGAAGUCUAGAAAGGCAUUGGUUAUUCAUGUAAGAAAACAUAUUGGGGCUAUGCCUUAUACCUGUAUUUUGUGUUCGCAAAACUUCUAUUCUCAAGGAAAAUUGAGGAAUCAUAUGAAAAUAUUCCAUGGCGGUAAGUUCUGUUGUAAGCCCUGUAAGAGUGUGUUUGCAAAUAAAUAUGAACUGAAACUUCAUUUAAAUAUAGCUCAUAAUAAUAUUUAGCAUAGCUUUGAAAUAGUUUUAUGUAGAAUAUCUUUUAUAGUAGAAUAUAAAUAUAAUUGUAGAAAAUUAUGGUUCUAAUGAAAUAGUUUGAUAUUUUAGUCACAGUGAAAAAUUCAAUAAUGUCCUAGUAAAAUUAUAUUUAAAAAAAUGCGUUAUGGUGUCAGAUAUUUUUGAUUGAAGAACACCUUGGUAUAUAAUUUGGUUUUAACACUACCAACGGGAUUAUUCACAAAGUUAGAAAAAUCUUAUUUUCUCUGUAAAUGAAGCUAAGAUUUCCUUAAUUUCGAGGUUUAUACUACAUUCUCCAAAAAUUCUUCUAUAGCUUCUGCACGAUCAUUUUAUUUCCUUGCCAGCAAGAUCGACUAGAUAAAAGGUUUGGACAUCACUCAGUUGCACUUAUUAUCAUUGUAAAAACUAAGUUUAUACCUCUGGGUUCACCCAACCUGCAUUCUAUUUAAUGACUUUAUUAUCAUUCUUGAAUAGCCUUCCAGAACAGAUAGACGGAAAAGAUCUUUAUAAUUUCAAAAUGGCACACCUGUUUUAUAUUUUUGAACACCCUAGUUUUAUUUAUGCAGUGUUGCAUCAACAAAAUAAAUGUAAGAAGAUUAUGGAAUGUAUUUAG